CGGCGGUGCUCGCUUUUCCCCGCCCCUUUACUUCCGGGGCACUUAGCCCGGCCCUCAUGCCUGGGCUGGGGUGGGCGAGGUAGGUAGGCCGGGCCGGUGGAGAAGUGCUCUUCCUCUCUCUGGGAUCCUGCUCCUCCCCCCCUCCGGGCCUGGGCUUUGCUGAGGUACGGGCACGGGGAGAAGCCUUGAGGUGGGCAGAGGUUGCCACCAGAAAUAGGUUCUGAUAGAAGCUGCAGUUACUGGAGACACUCACACAGAGAGACGACCAGAGAAGAAGACCGAAGCGGCGGCAAGGUGCUCCAAGAGGUUAAUUUAUACAAAAAGAUGGUUAGAUCACGAUCAAGAUCACCAAGAUGGAAACGAAGGUCUUUGUCGCCUGCCUUCAGGAAUCAGGAACACAACAGACAAAGGCAUAAUGAUAUUAAUUAUGACUGUGAAUACAAAAGGUUCUGGAAGGAUGCUAAGAAACCAAUGCCUUGGAGAAUGGAAGAUGGGAAACAUGGACAAAUCAAUUCUAGAUAUGCAUCACAUGAAACUAACCACCACCGACUUUAUGAAUGUAGGUCAUAUUCACCAACUCUGAAAAGAAUCCCUUCAGAAGAUAUACAUAGUCAUAAACCUUGUAGAACACGUUCACCAGUAAGGAAUGAAAAUAUUAGAAGAUACCAAUUUCCUCCCAGACAUUCAGAAAUGUCCCGCAAAGAACAUAAUCAUUCUUUUUAUCUGUCCAAAAUACGUGACAGAGAGAUGCACGAAGAUACCCAAGCUGUUGGAAAUAUAAAAGAGACAAAGACUUUCCUUGGGCCUUUAGGGACUUCGUGUAAGUUUGAAAGGAAGUGGAAUGAAAAUAACUUGAGGCACCACCAGUUACAAGAAGACAAGUAUAUUCAAUCACCUCGAAGAUUUUCUAAUGAAUUUAUGCCAAGGAGCUCUUUUCAGAAGAGGUAUCCUGAAGAUCGUGAACACAGAGAAUAUGGGCACACAUCUAAAAGGGCGAAAGAAAUGGAGAGGUAUGAUGAUAAAGAAAUAGCAAGUAAUUCCAAGUGGAAGCAAGACCAUUCUUCUACACUCAACCAAGCAAAGGGAGAGCCAAGAAAUAUCGAUCUUCCAACCCAUCGGCCUGUUGUAAAGGAGUACAGUGAUAGUUGUCAAACAAAGAUGACAUAUGACUAUAGUCAGAAACGUCAUAGGCAUCCAGAUGGAGGAAAAUACGUUUCUGAAGAAAGAGCAGAGAAAUAUAUGAAGGUGGAAGAAAAGAAGUAUAAUUAUCCCAAAGAAACUUGGAAUAGCAAAUAUUUAAAUUACUACAACAGUGAAAGAGUUGGCCAGGUAGAAGAGCCUCGUACUGAAGUAUCAGUUAAAUAUAUUUCAGGAACAGGCUGCGAUUUGUGUACUAAAUCUUACAAACGUGAUGUUGAUAUCUUAUCCUUUGAUCAAAAAGAUAAGGAAAGAAUAAAGAAGGAAGUGGAUUUUAGGGGAAGAAAAGAUUGUUCUAGUGGUCACCACUAUGACACUCAUCACAAAAUUUCAGAUGUAAAAGUGUCUGAUGGCGACACUAGGAAGGAAAAACUCACAGUCAAAGUGGAUAUGAAGAAAACCAUAAAUAAGUACAGGAGUGCAUCUAGCCAUAUCAUGGAGAGGCAGACAUCAUGUGAUCUAGUAGCUGUGGGUAGAAAAACUGAAAGUUUCCAUCCAGUAUUUGAACAUAUAAAAUCUGUGACACAGAAGGUAGAACAAAACCCAUCAAAAGAAUUUGCUCAGGAAAUCAUCACAAUUAUCCAUCAAGUUAAAGCAAAUUAUUUUAAAUCAUCUGAUCUCACUUUACAUGAGCGCUUCUCAAAAUUACAAGAUAAACCAGUGGCAAAUGAAGUUAAAAGACAUUCAGAUCCAGAAAUUCACAGGAGAAUCGAUAUGUCUUUGGCAGAACUUCAGAAUAAACGAGCUGUUCCAUGUGAGUCUGAGCAGAGUGUUGUGAGAGUUCUAGAAGAUCCAAAUGAUCUCAGACAUGACAUUGAGAGAAGAAGAAAAGAGAGGUUGCAGAAUGAAGAUGAGAACAACUUUUACAUUGAUGGUGUAUCACAAAGGGAUGAACAGAGUUGUAGCUUUUCAAAAUUACAAAACUCUCAAAUGUAUGGAUUCCAAAACCCUGCCAGAUUCCUAAGACCGCCUUUCAGGAAGUUUAUUAGAAAACCUCACAUGGGUAAUAUUGGAUAUGAUCAAUUUGAAGAUGAGACUGAACAUUCUGAUUCAUUUCGAAGACCCUUCAAGCCAUACUUUAUUGAUGGUCGGUCUCACUUUAAAUCAAGCUUGGUACAGAAGGGUUUAUAUAUACAAGCUAAAUACCAGCGAUUGCGUUAUGCUGGGACAAGGGGAUUUACCACUAACAAAUUCAGAGGAGGAUUUUUGAGGAAAGAAAAGGACCUGGAAAUUUGAGCUGCAGCACUGAAGGUGAUAUCUCCAAUUAUUAUGAUUGCUGCAAGGGAGCAUCUGAUUGCAUUGGACAGUUCUGUCAAGAAUUGAAAUGGAAAAAACAAAAACUAAUAUUUUAAUUUUUCUUGAUAAAGAUAAUUUUAUUUUUCAGUAGUGGAAUGUUGCAGAACUUUUUUACAAUUUUAAUAAUGGCUUUUCAAAUACAGUAUUCAGCUGAACAUUAUAGGAUUGUUCUGUUUAAAACCUCUGGCAGGCAAGUCUGAAAAAACAAACUGAAGGGAGUCUUUAUUUAUUGAAUACCUUUUUUCCUCUAAGCAUGGUUUUAUUACUAGAACUUGAGUUGUUAUACACUGAAGUUUAUAUGUUUAAAGUUUAUUGCUUAUAUAAUAAAAACAAAAACAAAAAGUGCCUUCAGAGGAGUAUAUUGUGAUUUCUCUUAAGCAUUUACUUUUGAGGUUCUGCACCUUUGCUCACUGGGAAGUUUUCUUAAUAUUUAAAAGAGGAUUAACCAAUAUGGUACCCUCCAGAUGUUCAGCUCUCAUCAGCCCUAGCCAGCAUGGCCAGCUGUAAGGGAUGAUGGAAGUUGUAGUCCAACAACUGGAAGGCACCCCAUUGGCUACCCCUAGUUUAACAUUUUUGCUUACAUUCUGGUAUGCAAACAUGAAAUUUUCAGAUAAUUUGCUGGGAAACCUGUAGCAAACUAUUUUUUAAAAGUGUUAAGAGGAAUGUGGAUAACCGAGUGGGGGUGACAUCUAGCACUGCACAAGUGGCCUUUCACUUCUGCAACAUAGCUUCUUUGUCAUCCCCACCAUAUGCUCUGAAGGAACCCCAACCCUCUAUAGCAGAUUUUGGGGAGCUGGAGGGGCUUAGUGGGAAGAGGAAAUCCAUUUCACCAACAGCAUCCAUUCUGCUGGCAGAUGGACACUUGGAUUUUCACACCUUGUUGUGAAGGAGUAAGUAAAUGUACUAAAAACAAGAGGAUUGGAUGAUCUGUUGUUGUUUUUUAAAAAAACACAUCCUGGGUCUUUUCAUUUUUUCCAUGUUUAACAACCAAAGACUUAAGUGCCAAAUUAUCAAGUUGAAAAUAUAUAAAUAGUGUUGUUUUUUAGAUAUGCAGGCAUACAAAUUUCCAGGCAAACAAAUUUCUGAUUGUGGCAAUUCUCGGCUAAGUCUGUGUGUAGGCCACAGAAACUGCCUCCCACUUACCUGAAUUACACUCCUUUUCUUUCAAGACGUUUAUUUUUGGAAAAUCCCAGUCAUUUCAUCAAAUUUGUUGUGUAGACAGCGCAAAGGAAGGUCACCACAUAUAUAUUUGCUUAUGUCAUAAUAUGCCUGCUAUCACCUAACCUAAGGCAUUUUAAUGUGAGGCAGAUAUUUCUAUCCAUAUGAGCUUAGAUUAUGUACUGCUACAGCACAACGUGGGCUUUUUUUCAAUAUGAAGAGUUCAAACACUGUGUUUUGUGAAGAUUGUAGCUAUUUGCUUCUGAAGGUAUAGUCUGGUUGUCAGAAGCAUAUUACUCCAAUGCCCCAGAAUCCAUACUUAUUUCCUAUAGUCUCCUAGGCACGAAAAGUUAUUUGGGUAGGUAACUAGCGGCUGCUGAUAAAUGUGGAGUUGUUUAUAACAAUGUUUAUGUAUUUAGUAUUUAUUUUUUUAAACUUAUUGUGGGUGCAUUGUAAAUCUUACCUAUAUUAAGUAAUGAACAUACUUUUUCAGGAGGCAAGCAAAUUAAACAGAGUGGAAAACCACAAAAAACACAGAUUGUGAAAGGCAUUAAAUAUUUUCAGUGAGCCAUAAUCACUACAUAAUUACACAGAGAAUACUUAUGCCCUAGAGUUAUUUCUAAUCAUAGUAUAUGACAUGAUAAAAUAUCACUGAACAAAAGUUUGAGUAGCAAUCUUCCAUCUAAAAUUGAGCAUGGCAAUUCCUUUUUUGCAAGUUGGUAUACCUGUUCUAUACAUGACUGAGCAUAUAGAUAGCCCAGAUAUGACCAGUAUGACAUUUCAUUGGUAAUUUCUAUAUAUUUUGAAAUUAAUUUUGCCCAGCAGCUGUAUGAAGCAUGUAGUGUAUAUAAAAGUCCAGAACAUGUCACAGUUUCUAGUCCUCAUUGCUAUAGCACAAAUUUAAUAUCAGAUAGCAAUUAUGUAGCUUUCUGUGCCAAACUAUAUCCUGUCUCUAAAAUUAAUCAGUCCUUCCAGCUUGGUGGUAGAGCAUCUCUUUUGCAUGCAGAAGGUCCCAGGUUCAAUCCUCAGUAUUUUGACGGAGGACUGGGAGAGACCCCAGUCUGGAAUCCUGGAGAGCUGCUGCCAGUCAGUGUAGACAAUACUGAGGAAGAAUGGUCUGAUUCAGUUUAAGGCAGCUUCCUAAGUUCCUAAUAUUCCUAUGUUAGUCUUCAGAGAAUCACUUAAUUGUAAAGAUAAUGCAUUUUGAUGAAAAUGUUUGUUUUUAAAUAUUCUAUGUUUUAUGAAAGGUUGCAUUAGGAAUACAUAGGUUCCGUAAACUGUAAACUUUUCUUUGAACACUGCAAUUUUUAUAUUGAAAAGUAUUAUGUCAAGUCACUUCCAUGUACAGUACUUGCUUUACAAAUCCAAGUAACUGCAUAAUUUUCAUAGUAAGAUUUCCUCAGCUGUCUGCAGUUGAAUAGUUUUAGAGAUUACCUUUUUGUGGUGUGUUCAUCUCUUACUAUUUUGUAGAUUGUUAUCUAUCCCCUCCUCCAAGGAGUUCUCUCUACUCUCCUAUCCUCACAACCACAGUAUGAGGUAGGUUAGGUUCAGAAAUGGUGAGUUUUGUGGCUUUUCAAGUGAUUUUAACACUUCAAUACCUGGCUACAUUUGAACAUAUUUCGUAUAGAUGUCAAUUUUGUAUGGAUACCUAUUUGGACAUCUGAA